AGAAAGAGUGGAUCACUAUUUGGCAGGAAGGCGAGGCCUAGACCUGGCAGCCAAGCAGAGUCUCACCGCGAAGGUGCUGGGAGCGCCAAAUCUGGGAACCAAUGGGAGUGGGUAGGGGGACUUGAAGGGACAAAACGAGAAGUGGAGCUGGCCGAGCGGCUCGCUGUGGGAAGCGGAGGGCGGGAGCGGCAUUACCCAUUACUGUCUGUGACGGAGCUGGGAGAGAGGGGGGAGAAAUCAGCGCACAAAACAUAGCAAAUAGCAGGGAUCCCGCAAGGAAACAAACCAUCCGGAGGAACAUUGGAUUUUGUAAUUUUUGUAUCCAGGGAGGAGGAGGAGGAUUAUUUUUUUCUAAAGGAAGUCCUCCCCCCCUCCCUUAUAGUCUAUGCAGCCCUCCAGAUCAUAGUAGCAAAGGGUGGAAUUACAUAGAACUUGAGUGGUUCGUUGGUUGAAAAGCAGUCCGUUUCUUUUUAUAAACUGGCAACACUACAGCAACAUUGGAGAGAAUAGGAUUUUCGCCCUAGUUUGGCAGCUUUGCUGCCCAUUACAUACAGAUGAAUGAAGACCCCAUUUGGAAAGGCCGCAGCUCAGCGAUCCAGAGCUGAUGCAGCACAUGCAGGUGUGUCCGCAAGCAUGAUGAAGAAAAGGACAUCCCACAAAAAACAUCGAAGCAAUAUGGGACCAAGUAAACCUAUUUCACAGCCCAGAAGAAAUAUUGUUGGCUGUAGGAUACAGCAUGGGUGGAAAGAAGGCAGUGGACCGAUAACACAGUGGAAAGGAACUGUUUUGGAUCAAGUGCCAGUCAACCCUUCUCUAUAUCUUAUAAAGUAUGAUGGGUUUGAUUGUGUCUAUGGACUAGAACUUCAUAAGGAUGAAAGAGUAUCUGCCCUUGAAGUUCUUCCAGAUAGAGUUGCUUCAUCUCGAAUCAGUGACGCCCACUUAGCUGACACAAUGAUUGGUAAAGCAGUGGAACACAUGUUUGAAACAGAAGAUGGCUCUAAGGAUGAGUGGCGAGGGAUGGUGUUGGCACGAGCUCCCAUUAUGAAUACAUGGUUUUAUAUAACCUACGAAAAGGACCCUGUGUUAUACAUGUACCAACUUUUAGAUGAUUACAAGGAGGGAGAUCUCCGUAUAAUGCCUGAUUCUAAUGAUUCCCCUCCAGCUGAAAGGGAGCCCGGAGAAGUUGUGGACAGCUUAGUAGGAAAGCAAGUGGAAUAUGCCAAAGAAGAUGGCUCAAAAAGGACUGGCAUGGUUAUUCAUCAAGUUGAAGCCAAACCUUCAGUUUAUUUCAUAAAAUUUGAUGACGAUUUCCAUAUUUAUGUCUACGAUUUGGUGAAGACAUCCUAGAUAAGAUCAUGGACCUACUGCCAAACUCAUGGAUCUAACAAAUGUAAAAAUCUGCAGACAUAUUUCACUGCUUUCUGAUUAUAUGAAGGCUUCCAAUAUUCCUGCGAUCCCACAAUCCCUUUAUGGAAUUAAAAGAAAACAAUGUUUUGUUGUGAACAGUGUACUUAUACUAUCUCUCCCACAAAACAAAUAGACCACUUUCUGUGAAUAACAUUUAAUAUGAAGGGAGAUUUAAAAAAAAAAAAAAAAGAGAGAGAGAGCGAGAAAUCUGAAUAGUGGGGAAAAAACUCCAUGCAGAUGGGGAGGAUAGAAAAGACCAGCUUUGUACAUUUUCAAAACUCAAGAUUAUAGAAAUGUUACUGUUGUGUUUCCUCAACACUCAUUACUCACUCAUAAGAAUAUGGUUUAUAUAACUAACUUCCCUAAUGUGAUAAUGAAUACAUUAUUUUAUAUUUCUUUCAGCAUCUCUGCUGAAGAAUCUUACAGUGCACAGACCCUCUGGUCUGACAGACCCACCUAGACAUUGCAUUGUGUUGGUGUGCCUCCCUUGCCAAGAGGUUUUUCUGUCUUUGUAGCCAAUCAAGCACAGUAUAUUGUAAACAACAUGGGUGGCUUUAUCAGUUUUGUGCAUUGUUCUUUAUAGAUUCAUCUAAAACAUUUUUUCAUGUGGUACCAUGCUGGGUAUAAUGUGGAUUAUAUUAUUUGGCAGUCUUAUUAUCUUGGCCUGGCACUUGGCUUAAUGUCUUAUAGGUUGCAGGACAAUUUUACAUCACAAAAGACUAUCUUUGAAAGUAUUUUCCCCCAAUUAUUUGUUACUUUUGUCAGAAAUGCAAUGCUGCAGAUGGUUAUCAUGCUGUCCUUUAACAUAGUCUGAAAUUUCGUCUGUUUGUCUCUUUUUCUUAUUACAGCUGCCUGACUUGUAAAAAAAAAAAAAAAAAUAUUUUAAUUUUUUUGUUUUGUUUUGUUUUCUUCUACUUUGCAUAUUGAUGGUUUGUACAAAACAAAAAAUGAGAAAAAAAAAGAAACCACAAAGUGGAGAAAAAAAUAUAUAUGUGUUGAAAGUACUACGAUGGACAACUGGUUACUUUAUUUUUACUCAAUAUUCUAACAAUGUUUAAAUAAAAUGUGAGUGCUUGAGUGCAGCCAAGUAUUUGUUGUCAAAAGCUAUGGAAGCAUCUAUAAACCUAUAAUGUGGAAACGCUGAUUUAGGCUAAAAGUUCCUAUACCCACCAUUACGAUAAUUCUAGAUCUAGCUUAUGUACGUGUUCCCUUGAUGGUCAAAGGAGUGAUCAAAAUAAACACUUCUUCCCUAUAUAGUAGUAUUUGUUAAAGCACUUAUGAAAGGAAAGUGUGAAGAAAUGAUGAAGAUCUGUGUACUUUUUUGGAUAUUUUUUUUUAAUUUCUCUUGAAGAAAAUGGAACAGUCAUCUUUCAUUGUGCUUGAUUUUUUUCAAAUUGGGUUUAAAACACAUACACACCUUCCAGGUUAUGCUACUUUUGUGGAUGUGGUACAAACAUGUUAUCUGUUUUGUAUUAGCUGUAAUAUGCCACAUAUUGAGUAAUGUGUACAGGAGGUGGCUGUGGGGCAAAGUUCUGAAAGCUGAACAGUCACCAUGGAAUUAAAAGUUCCUACUGUAAUAAUUGAUUUUAUUUUUUUGGGGGGGGAGGGGGUGGAGGUAUUUCCCAAAAUUUUUAAACUUGCCAUGCCACUACAAAAUGUAAGCCAGCUGCCAUAUUUUACUUUUCUCAGAUAAUAUAAAUGGUUACAUUCAAACUUGACUGUGGAUACAAUUGCUGACUUAAAACAAAAGAAAAAUAAAAGGGUUUUAUACACCAGCAUUUUAACAAAAGUUAUUUAGUGAAUAUUUGCCCAGAUAGCACUACAGAAUUUGACCCAAUUUGUGGUAUGAUACAUAUUGACAUAAUUUUUAUUGGAUAACCUGUUGUGUUAUUUAUUCUUAAUUGACUGUGUAUAUUCCAGCAAAUAAUUUGAGCUGAUAUCAGCUUAAAUAACAGGGUGGUUUGUUGGAGAAAUUUUUAUUUUUGGUUUUGUUUCCAGUAAAUGUAUUAAAGCAAUUUCAUAUUCUUUGCAAGAACCCUUAAUGAGCGUUGUUUCAUGCAAUCCUCUAUGUCCAACUGUUUGUAACCUUUUAUUUCCCAGCAACUGGGAUGGUAGGUUAUUGAUUGAUAACUAUUCAGUCAAUAAGUAGUGAUGCAUCUGGUGUACUUAAAGCCUAGAACCAAUUUUACUGGAUAUAAGAGCGCUAUAAUCCAUAAAAAACACAAUACAAUAUGGGGUUUUAAGAAACUCACCUUGAAUCUAGGAUGUAACUUGUACGUUCUCCAUGUGCUGCUAAGGGUUAGAAUUUUGUCUCACUUUAUGCACAUAUGCGUGCUACCCAUUGCUACCCUCCUAAAAUACCUUUGUUCCAGUUUCUGCAACAUUUCAUGUGUUCGCCUUAAGGCUUAUGCCUCCUUUUGUUAUUAAAUGCUUACUUAUGCUCCCAUAAUAAAAGCAUUACAGUAAUUGUCUUUGCUGCUAUUGCAGUAUGUCCAAUGUGUUAUGGACAACCAAAGGCAGGCUAUUGUUUAGCAAAUAGCUUUUUUUUUUUUUUUUUUUUUUUUUUUUUAUGUUUUUGAUCAAAGUGAGUGGAUUUGCAACAGUGUUUCUAUCCUGCGGAUCUUUAAAGUGACUUAUUGACUCUGAAGAGUCCUGUAUGUAAAUCUCAAAGCAGAGCCUGGCUCCGUGAGCCCCAAUAGUAGUUUGAAGCACACUCAUUAGAAGUGUGCAUAUACACACUCAUUAUGUAUAGUUAAACUCAGCUGCAGUAAGGUUUUUUUUUUGUUUUUUGUUUUUUUUAUAGCUUUUGUAAAGUUUUUUGUUUUUUAUUGUAAAAAAAUCAAGCUGUAUGUUUGGUAAAGUUAUGCUUACAUUUUUGGAAUUCGUUUUUCUUACACAUUUGAUUAUUUCUGUUUCAAAUAGAAUAUUGUCUGUGUUUGUUUUCCUUUUGUGUAACUUCUUAAAUCCCACCAAUAUGCACUUGGUUAAGAGGUAACUGGAGGCAGACUUCUCCCAAUCACACUCCUUUGGCUUUUGUUAGGGCUCUUGUUUUAGAACUGCAUGCAGUGCUUGUGUUAAUCCUGUUAAUGUACAUGUUGAUUCCUAUGAGGGGUUAACAUUACUAUCCAUAACUUUCACAGGGCUUGUAACUGCAAGCUAUGUUUCUGUGUGAACAAAUAGCCUUACAUUUACCUGAUGUAGACUUGUGUUCUCUGUGUGUGUGAUGUCAGGCUGCCAUGUGAUAUCCUUUAAAAAAAAAAGAAAACAAUGCAAACCAUUCUUUUUUUGCAUGCUUAGAUUAUACGUUAAAUGUAGCAAAAUAAAGUUGCAUGUUAAACUGUUUCAGUUUUUGUUUUUGUUUUUUUAAUUAAUUUUUCCUCCCUAACCUCUUUAAUAUUUGUUUCCUUUUCAUAUGCAUUCAGUAAAACUUGCUAACAAGAUUUUGAUGGGUAUUUUAAAUGGCUAGGUGCACUGGUGAUGCAAAUAUAGUGCCAAUUAAUGGAAUUGUUACAUUUAUAUGUAUCUGCAUUUAAAGGAACCACACAUUCUGCAGAAGAAAUAAAAUCUACAAACCGUAA